UCCGUGUGUGGUAGUAAGGCACAGCAGUGAGAUAGACCAGAUCAGAUCAGUUACAGGGGAGAGGUGCGACUCAUUACUGCGAUCUAACACACAACACCUGAAGAUGCGUCUUUUGUUGCUGUUUGCGCUCAUGGGCUUGACCGCUGCUCAGCCUCGGUGUGACCCGGAAACUCAGUAUGAGAAGAAUGGCCAGUGCUGCAGGAUGUGUGGUCCAGGAACCAGGAUGUUGGUCACCGGUACUUGUGAGGAGCCUCGGUGUGAAGAGUGUGGGGUCAACGACUAUCAGGACGCAUACACAAUUGACGCCAAGUGUAAAAUCCAGCCGUACUGUGACUCAAAUAAAAACUUUAAGCAUGUUACCCACGUGAACAAGAAGAAGAGAACCAUCUGUGAGUGCAAACUGGGAUUCCACUGCUCCAGUAAAGAGUGUAUUACCUGUGUGCCGCACAGCGUCUGUCCACCAGGAGAAGGCGCUCACAUCAAAGGUAACCAUACCCACAACACGGUGUGCAAGAAAUGCCCUGAGUACACAUAUUCUAAUGAGAGCUCAUGGAGCAGCGCCUGCAAGAAAAUGACAGAGUGUGAGAGUGACUACCGCAUUAAAGAAAUGGGAACAGUCAUCUCAGACAACAUCUGUGAGAGAGACCCACGAUCACAUGUUGUGCUUCUGAUUAUUUUUGGGAUUGUUUUAAUUGUUGCCAUUGCUCUGGCGAUUGGGUUUUACGUUUACGUGAAACGAGUACAUGCAGGAGGAAAAUUCAAGGACUGUUUUAGACCAGACAUGGGAGAACAGAGGGAGCCACUGGAAGGAGUUCGAAUAGUAACAUACCCAGCUGAGGAGGUGUCAAUGUUGCAGCCUGAACAAGAAGAGAAUAUUAUGAGUGAGCCAGAGGAGAAUGAGGACGACCAAAGCCUGGAUAGGUCACUAGAAGUGGGUUACACUGUCAACGGACAGCCGGUGCAGCAGGACAUGACGAAAACAGAACAACUCUCUGAAGAGGAAUCACAAUGCUCUAAGUUAUGAACUGAAAACUGAAGUCGUCUCUGCUGAAUGUUUGAUUAUAACUUCCUGCUUUUACGCCUGAUGCUUUGUUUAUAGCGCCCUGCAUAAAGAUGAAGCCUGUACGUACCUUAAGGGUUAAUAAUAGAAAUCUGUUGCUGUUAUGUGAUAAUAUUUGAACAUGUGGGGUACAACACUAUGUAUAGACUGCGUCAUUUUUGCAUUUAAAAUUGUUUUUCACUGUUACAUUUUUUUUUUAAACUGUAUAUUUUGAUUUUUCACAGCUUGACACAACAUUUCUACAUUACUUACAAACUAUAUAAUGAAGAAGGAAAAAAUUGAAUAGAUAAAUUAAAUAAAUAAACAUGUAUAUAUAUUAAA